CCAUCUCGUUGCGAUAUACGCUGCAUGGCGCUGCCACCUAGUGUGAGGUAACUUUCACUAGCCGCAACGCACACGUCUGGCAACGCUAUCACGCUGUUGGCUUUGCUUCGUUUCGAAUUUGUACACAAAAAGUUGUAUUACAAAUCGACAUCCGGCUCCACUGUCAAACAACAACAGCAACAGCCAAAACAGCAGCAGAAAGGUAACGCCGACGCCGACGCCGACGUCGAGGGCGACGCCGUCGCAAUGCCGAAGCAAGAGGACGCUGAUGUUAUUAACAAACUGCUACAGCCCGACAUAAGCGCCCAGAGUGAGCCCAGCAGCAGCCCUAGCAGCAGCCCUAGCAGCAGCCCUAGCAGCAGCCCUAGCAGCAGCAGUAGCAGCGGCAGUAGCAGCAACAGCAAGCCCAAGGCGGUUGGCGACGUUGGCGGUGGUGAGCGGGAGAAGCCCCGAUCGAAGAAGUUGCUGAAGGACCCGCGCUUCCAAAUACGGCCGCUGCAGCAGGUGGCAUCGGCCUGCACUGGUGCGAUGAUCACCGCCUGCUUUAUGACGCCCCUGGACGUGAUCAAGACCCGCAUGCAGUCGCAGCAAUCGCAGCAGUCGCGGCCGAGCAAGUGCUUCCUCUAUUGCAACGGCCUGAUGGAUCAUCUCUUCAGCUGCGGCACGACGUCCACAGCUGCGGGCGGCAACACGAUGAAGCCGCAUUUCCGGGGCACCCUGGAUGCGCUGCUCAAGAUCAGUCGCCGGGAAGGCCUGGCCGCCCUCUGGUCCGGGCUGGGGCCCACGCUGGUCUCGGCGCUGCCCUCCACCGUGGUCUACUUCGUGGCCUAUGAGCAGUUCAAGGCCAAGUACAUCGACAUCUACCAGCGGCACUUUGCGCCGCCUCAGCUGAAAGGCACGACCCCGGAGCAGAAACUGCCGCUGGUGGUGCCCAUGCUGUCGGGUGUGACGGCUCGCAUCUGCGCCGUCACCUUUGUGAGUCCCAUCGAGCUGGUGCGCACGAAGAUGCAGUCGCAGCGGCUCAGCUACGCCCAGGUGCUGCAGUUCGUGCGCAACAUCAUUGCCAUCCAGGGCGUGUCUGGCCUGUGGCGCGGCCUGCCGCCCACCAUCCUGCGGGACGUGCCGUUCUCGGGCAUCUACUGGCCGGCCUACGAGUACCUCAAGAUCUGCUUCAGCGAGUGCGACGAGGAGCCCUCGUUUGGCUUCAGCUUCGUGGCCGGCGUGCUGGCCGGCUCGGUGGCCGCCCUGGUCACGUGCCCCUUUGACGUGAUCAAGACCCAUGAGCAGAUCGAGUUCGGCGAGCGCGUCAUCUUCACGGACUCGCCCACCAAGGAGCUCAGCAAGCAGUCCACCUACAGCCGCCUGGCCGGCAUCUACCGUCUCUUUGGGCUGCGCGGCCUGUUUGCCGGGUACGUGCCCAGGCUGUGCAAGGUGGCGCCCGCCUGCGCCAUCAUGAUCUCCACCUUUGAGUACAGCAAGCAAUACUUCUUCCACUACAAUGUGCACCAGCACAACAAACAGCUGCUGAAGCACAAUCCGAACGCCAAGCUGGUCAAGGAGGAUGACAUCGAGUAAUGCAUGUCAACAGUACGAUUCCCAUUAUCUUCUCCAACUUUUUUUUUUAACGAAAAGCAACAACUUUCCAUGUACAUACAUAUAUUUUAUGUUAAAUUAUUAAAACCCGGUUCAAUUAGCCAAGAGAGAAUCAAUUUGUGACAUGCAUAC